GAUUCGGUUUGGACUUUUCAAGCGAACUUACAGAAUCGGCUUGGACUUUUUCUCGAAAUGGACUAGUGAAAUCGGCUUGGACUUUUUCUCGAAACGGACUAGUGAUAAAAAUCGGCUUGGACUUUCUCUCGAAAUGGAUUUGUGGAAUCGGCUUGAACUUUUCUCGAAAUGGACUUGUGACUUGUGGAAUCGGCUUGGACUUUUCUCAAAACGGACUCGUGGAAUCGGCUUGGACUUUUCUCAAAACAGACUCAAAUCAGCUUGGACUUUUUCUUGUGAAAUCAGCUUGGGUUUUCUCUCGAAACAGACUUGUG